AUGACUAAAACGAACUACGGAGCAAUCACUGCGGUGAAAGCUGUAUCACGUGACUGCCUUUACACCGGACAGGGCCGGUCCAUCACGAAAUAUUCUCUUUCUGGGGACAAAUGGUGGAGCCAACGGCUUUUUGGACGCAACAAGAUCCAUGGCAUUGAUAUUGACCAGAAGAAGGGCAAAAUGCUGGUUUUUGGAGGAGACUCGAUUCUGGUGACCGAUCUGGAGUGCUCAUCACGUGAUGAGCGGUCUGUGGGCGACUGGAUUUGUGAUGCCAAGUUUGGAUCUGACAAUGACACUAUCUACGUUCUGACUGCUCACAAUAGGGUGUUGAUUUUGGACAGCGAUCUCAAGAUCAAGGAGAUUGUCACGUGCUCGGAAAACUCUCUGCUGUAUUCCGGUUCACUUCACGUGACAGAGGACUCUGAAUCUGUGCUAGUUGCCUCGGGAACUGUGCUACAUGGAAUCUAUAUUUGGAAGCUGGCUAAUGGAAAGAUUAUGCACAACUUCACGGACCAUGAGGGCUCCAUUUUCGACGUUAAGAUCUCCCCAGACUUUGCUUACGUCAUCUCGUGUUCCGACGACCGGUUCGUCAAGCUGUUUGACUUGAAAGCCGGAAAAUUGGUCGGCUCAGGCUUCGGACAUGGGGCUCGAAUCUGGCAGGUUGGGUUUUACGGAGAUAACAAUUACGUCAGCAGCAGCGAGGAUUCGACUGCGAUUUUGUGGUCUCAUAACGAGUCACGUGGUCUGCUGGAGCCCGCCAAGCAGUUUCCCGGUCACGUGGGCAAGAACAUGUGGUGUUUUGACAUUCUAGACAAGAGCCUUAUCACCGGAGGGGGGGACGGACGAUGGCGGGAAUUCGACUUGGAGAUCGAUCACUUGACCGAAUAUGACUACGAUCACGUGAUUGGAAACUCUGGUGCUUUCAAGAACUUCAUCAACCUGUCCUUUACCAAAACUGCCGUUGGAACUGCCAAUGGAGAAGUCUAUCUAGUCGACAGAAGCAGCGAUGACGUGACCUGGAGCCUGAUUUACCAGAACGACGCUUUGAGGUCUCUCAAUCUAAUGGCUGGAUGGCCUGGGUCUCCUUUCGUGGCUGUAGGAAGUCGGUUUGGACAGGUGUUUGUCAUCAACACGGAAACAAAGCAGGUUUCGGAAACCAAGGUGUUUGAAGGAAAGGUGUCUGGUAUGCUGACACGUGAUCUUAGCGGUGCAAAGUACCUAAUUGCUACUUCUCAAAACGAUAAAGAUGAUAAUGUUCUACUCGAGGUGGGUACGGACACCCAGAAACGGUACAAAGCUAUGGACACCUUCCCAGUCACGUGUUUUGACGUAAACGAGAAGGGUAAUGUGGUUAUGGGAUCCAGAUUCGGAGCUCUUGCUUACUUUGACACCGUGGAUGCAACUCCUGUGAUUUUCAGAAAGGCCAUCAACGCAGAGACCGUCACUGACGUGCUCUUUACAGACGAGAUCCGCGUGACUCUCACCACUAAGAAUGGCUUCUAUGGUAAUCUGGAUAUUCGCACUAAACAGUUUUCACUGCUCAACAAAUCGAGCCAGAACAGCAUCUUCAAGAUUCUGUGUCUGUCUCCUCUCAUCACGUGUGGUUUCAAAACCAACUCGUUCGUCAUAUCAGACGAGUCUGCCAACGCCCAGUUGUUUGCUGCCGACUGUGGAGGAGCUCAUCGAAGCUGGGACGUGCUUUUUGGUGACAACAAAGUGCUGUUCAACUUUGUGCGAAAGUCAAUCAUGUGCGAAAUCGCCAGUAACGUCAUCCCUGUCUCGUCAUAUUACUCCCACGGUCGAGAGGUGCGAGCCAUUGACGUCAACGGCUCCGUAGUUGCCUCAGGAGCUGAAGACACCAAUGUUAUUCUGUCCGAAGUGCGGGACGGCCAGUUGCACAACCUCCUCACAUACAGAAAACACACGUCCGGUAUCCAGACCCUGAAGUGGGUGAGUCCGGAGUUGCUCAUCUCGUCGUCUGCACGAGAAGAACUCUUCAUCUGGAAGUUUAAUGCCUCCGAAAAGACUCUCACUCCCUGGCUGUCUCUUCCUCGAGGUGAUAAUCCCGACCUGCGAAUCAUGGACUUUGUUUACAAAGCCUGCGACGGGGGAUUUGAGCUCCUUUGCGUCUACUCGGACUCUUCCCUCCGACUGUGGAAGUACGACAACUCCUCCUUUACUCUCGUGUCAGACCUCAAGUACACUCAGCAUUGCCUGCUGAACGUGGAUCUUGUCGAAGAUGACAAGUCGGCGCUUAUCAGUGCCACCGACGGGUCUCUUUCGGUCUAUGAGCUGCCUUCUCUGCGACCCAAGAGCCACAUUUAUGCCCAUCAAAGCUCUGUGAGGUUCUGCAGAAAGGGCGAACUAAUCUUCUCUGGAGGAGACGAUAACAAGCUUGUGGUGACCGAGCUGAAGAACGGUGAGCUGAGAGAGAUAGCAUCCAUCGCUUCUGCUCACUCUAGUACCAUCACGGAGGUGGCUCCGUUGGACGGAUCAGAAGCUGACAUUGUUUCUGUCUCUGUUGAUCAGAAUGUCCGAAAGUGGAAGUUUUCUGACGGAGAGCUCAAGCUAAUGUCGGAUGAGUUUACCACUGUGGCUGAUACUGGAUGUGUGUGUCCUUACGAGGGUGGUUUGUUGAUUGGAGGAGCCGGUUUAGAUUACUGGACCGAGUGA